AUGGCGCCAAAGGCGAAGAAACAAGCCCCUGCACCUCCCAAAGCCAAAGCCAAAGCAAAAGCUUUGAAGGCCAAGAAAGCACUGUUGAAAGGCAUCCACAGCCACAAAAAAAAGAUCUGGACAUCACCCACCUUCCGACAGCCCAAAACACUGCAGCUCAAGAGGCAACACAAAUAUCCUCAGAAGAGCACCCCUAGAAGAAACAAGCUUGACCACUAUGCCAUCAUCAAGUUCUCCCUCACCACCAAGUCAGCCAUGAAGAAAACAGACGACAACAACACACUGGUGUUCAUUGUGGAUGGCAAAGCCAACAAACACCAAAUUAAACAGGCUGUGAAGAAGCUCUGA